GAUACCGGCGAGGUUAUUGCGUCAGAGGCCGAGCCCCCAGUUUUCUCCUUGGGACCGGAGAGAUUUCCAAAACAACAUCGCCUGUACCGGAGUUUCCUGACGAUUUAAAACUUUCUGAACACCACAGAUUCUCCGGAUUUCACAGAAAGAGAAGACCAAGAAGAAUCAGAAGAUGCCUGGGGAAGAAGCGACCUCCCCGUCUGAAGCUGUGAUGGUGAACGGCCACCUGGAGAAGAGUAACAGCCUCCCGUCAGAGGACGACUUGUUGGACCCCAUGUGUGACCCAGACAAUCCCAUUGUCGUGAAGUUCCAGGAUGUCAGUGCAGCCGCGUACAAAAUCAGAAAUGGCAUUGAGAGAACAGCGUGCACUAAAUCAGUACAGCUCUCCACACUGACAGGACUUGACUUGUACUUCAAAAAGGAGUUCCUACAGCAGACAGGAAGCUUCAAAGAAAGAGGAGCGCGGUACACCCUCAUGGCUCUGUCCAAGGAACAGAGACAGAUCGGAGUCGUAGCGGCGUCGGCAGGAAACCACGCCCUAGCCUUGUCUUACCAUGGCAACCAACUCGGCAUCCCCGUCACCGUGGUGAUGCCCAUCAUCGCGCCGCUCAUGAAGGUCAACCUGUGCCGACAGUACGGCGGGAACGUUAUCGUGAAAGGCAAAGAUAUCGGAGAGUCCAAGGCUCACGCUCUCAAGAUAGGAAAAGACACAGGGAUGGUGUACAUCAAUGGCUAUGACCACCCCCACAUCCUGGCUGGCCAGGGGACCAUGGGGCUGGAGAUUGUGGAACAGGUGUCCGACAUUGACGCAGUGGUCAUCCCCAUAGGGGGAGGGGGGCUCAUCGCUGGAUCAGCCCUCGCUAUCAAGAGUCUAUACCCCAGUGUUAAAGUUAUUGGAGUUGAGUCAGAGAGAUGUGCUGGCUUCACAGAGUCCAUGAAGGCAGGAAAAGUUGUGACAGUGGGAGCACAGUCCACACUGGCUGAUGGUCUUGCUGUUCCCACAGUUGGGGUUAACGCUUUUGCCACAGCCAGAAACUACAUCGACCAAAUGGUCACCGUGGGGGAGGAGUUUAUUGCCCUGGCAAUCCUGAGGCUGGUGGAGAUGGAGAAGGCCGUGGUGGAGGGAGCGGGCGCCACGGGGCUGGCCGCCGUACUGGCCGGGCUGCUGCCCGAACUCAAGGGCAAAAGGGUGGUGAUUCCACUGUGUGGAGGGAACAUUGACACCACAGUCCUGGGGCGCUGCAUCGAGAGGGGGCUGGCAGCAGACGGGCGGCUCUGUAGAUUUGUCGUAACCGUUAGCGACAGACCAGGAGGGAUUGCCGAGCUGUGCAAGCUCAUCGCAAAGUUAGGAGUCAGCCUUAAAGACAUCUUCCACGAGCGGGCGUGGCUCACAUCGGACAUCUUCAGUGUACAGGUCAAGUGCAUUGUGGAAACCAGAGACUUUGAUCAUGCUGAGGAGCUGAGGACAAAACUCAUGGAUAGAUACCAGCGUGUGGACUGGGGACCACACAGCGCCACCUUUCGAUAAGCAGCAGUACUGCAGGAUAUUGGGUAAAGUGCACCGUGGAGACCCGUGACAAGGAACAUGCAGAACAACUGGAGACAGAACUACGCAAUCGCUAUGAAAACGUCCACUGGGGACCUCACUUUCACCUCUCCCCUGCUGCACUCCAACCACAGAUGUCUUCAUCUAGCUUUGAGGAUGAAGACCCCUGAUGCAAAGACCUUUGACGUAUCUAAACAUUGUACUGUUUGUGCUGGUUUUCUUUAUGUUUGACCGCAACUAUGCCAACAAUGCAGGAGAAUGAUACAUUUUUUAAAUGACUUGUUUAAGUGCCUUUAGCAAAAUAAAACUGUACCAACAACAUAUUCAUGUUGUGUGUGAUGGGAUCAAAAUAUGUAUAUUUCCAAGUGUAUCAGUGUAGAAUACAUUUUUUUGCUCAAAAUACCAACAUCACAAAUCUUUGU